AUGUCGGUCGGUUUCCUAACUGCUCUUAUACUGCUAACCACAGUGUAUGCAAAAGAUAAUCCCCCAGACAAAGGCUAUCGUUCAUGUAAAGGGACGGUGUCAAUUCCGAAAAGUGGGACCGGCUUGUCGGGCUGGUGCAAAAGCAUGAGAAUAGUCGUGGGAUCCUGCAUGAGCAAAAAAGUGAGUUGGCAUUCAUUGCACGAAGCAGAUCACCUUAUCAAAUGUUCUUACGAGAACUUCAUAUCAGUGAAUGUUCAGCUCAAAAUUGACGAUGAUGGAAGCGUUGCCUCUCGUGGGAACGUUCUGUUGAGCGCAUUCAAACAGGAUCCAAACCCUGAACUUCUGACGGAUGUUAAACUCUACCACUACGGCUGCCUGUACAACAACUGGAGAGACUUCUCCGACCAAGAUUGUUAUAAGUGA